CAAAAACAGUAACAUCUCAUUCCCUUUCUGAUGGUGGUGUGUGUGUUGUUUGAAAAAAUAAGAUAAUCCAUUAGAAAUGAAAUCAAAUGUAAAUAUUUGAAUUUCGUAUAAAUAUAAGAAUUACCCACAGUGAACAGCAGAACAAAAGAUUUUCAGGCGUGUCAAAUACUGUACUGGAGCAUGGCUACAUUUGAAUGAAACUGGUUUGAAAAGCACACUGCAUCAUCCAAAAAAAACCUAAGACAAACAUGAAUACUAACAUAUAAACAUUAAAUACGUGGACGCAAUGACAGGGAAACACACACGAGGGCUACAAACUCACAGCAGUCUUCCUUGCGCAAUUCAUAAACGUGAGGAGUCGGUUCAUUUGAACCAACCGAUUCGUUCGAGUCAUUCUGUUUGUACUCGCCACAACAAUACAACAAAGAGGGCACAUUUACGUCAUGGCUCCCAGUCCACAUACCAAGGAUACUUUUACUACAUUUACAUACUUUUAGUACUUCUUAAAAUGUAGAUUAAAACAAAUUUUGUUGUUUAUAAUUUGUGGUUUUAAGAUGUCACACACAUCAGGUUUACUCCAUCAGAGUCCAGGACUCAUAAACAUUCAUCUUUAAUAAUCGAAUAGAUUAAGUUAACAGGAAUUCUAAUCGCUACGGUUGCCGUGUUCAAAUCUGUACCGGAGUGAUUCAAAUGCGAGUCGAUUCGACUGAAUCAUUCGAAAGAACUUGAUCAAAAGAACGAUUCUGAGGAACCGGACCAUCGCUAACACGACAGGCGGCCAAAGGUUAGGCUCCGGAGAUAACCCGUGCCUGGAUCAGCCAUAGACUUACUGCCCUGUUGUUUAUUACUGUUCACCUCCUUCGCACGAGAUUGGGCGAACGAACAGCAGGAGGAUCGCAAAAGUUGCUCAAAUGUGUGACUGGGACGUGGUAUCUGAUGUAGGCUGGGUUUGAGUCGCUCCACUCCACCGCUGGCCUGGCCUUGGAUCAUUUCUCGACGCCCGAGGUGCUGCAUGGCCGCGAGUAUGGAUGCCCUGUGGAUGCUGCCGGUUCUGCUGCUUCUCCCGGUCCUGUUCUGGACCAGCAGCACGUUCGUCUUCUAUUUCAAAAAGUGCUUCUAUGUCGCGUACAUGAUGCUUCUGGCCUUAAUAGCCAUACCGAUCUGCAUUCUGAAAAGCGGCGGGAGGGACAUCGAGAAUAUGCGGGUCAUCCGGUUCUUGGUCCGACAUGUGAAAUAUUUCCUGGGUUUGCGCUAUGAGAUCAGCGGUUGGCAGCAUCUACAGGCAGAAGGGCCUUAUGUCAUCAUCUCCAACCACCAAUCAUCACUUGACGUGCUAGGCAUGAUGGAGAUUCUGCCGGACCGCUGUACCAUGAUUGCUAAGAAGGAGCUGAUAUGGGCGGGGACGGUGGGAAUGAUCUGCUGGCUGGGAGGAAUCGUUUUCAUCAACCGCAAAAAGACCAGCGACGCAAAGACCGUCAUGGGCGACGCCGCGAAGACCGUGCUGGCUGACCAGAUCCGCCUGUGGGUGUUUCCCGAAGGCACACGCAAUCAGAAGGGCGACCUUUUGCCAUUUAAAAAGGGAGCGUUUCAUCUGGCUAUACAAGCACAGGUUCCUAUCAUACCCAUCGUGUUCUCCUCCUACAACAACUUCUACAAACGGAAAGAGAAAGAGUUCAAUUCAGGAACCAUCACUCUCAAAGUCCUUCCAAAGAUCGAGACAAAGGGAUUGACGGGAGAGGACGUGACAUCGCUCUCCGAACAAUCGUACGGCAGCAUGCGCUCGGCUUUUUUGGAGCUCUCCGGCCAACCCCCCCAGAGCAACGGGCCGUCCAAUCACUGAGCAGCCUGCCGCUUCCACGCUCUUUCAUUCGGCCUGACAGCAAGGAUGGCCACGUCAUCAUGGUGGCGACGGUAACCAUGACAACCAGGCGCUUGGGUAUCCUCUACGGCGUCCUCAUGCAGGAGGAAUACAUGUACACAGACCGACACACAAAGCCACAUGCAUACACACGCAUUUACGUGAAUACAUACAGCAGAUGUUUUCUUAGCCUAGAUUUGAUCUCCUGUCGGAAUGCAGGGGGCGAUGAGCGGUGGAAAGUGUGACCUUCGCUGGCGUGACUCUUUGUGCGUCUUUGAUGGUUGUGUUAGGAUUGGAGCGCUGCUGUCGGCGACAGGUCGAGUCUGGAGCGACACCCUGAGAACAUUGUGGAUGUGUGUUUGUUGCAUGCCUUUUGACUUUCUCUGUUUCUCUCUCGCUCUCUUUCUUUCACAGAUCCACAUUGACGUAAUCCAUUAGUUAUGUGUAGGUCACCUUUUCUCUAGUAAUAUGCUUGCAUUAUGGGAAAUCAGUGACAAACACCUGUUUUAGUUUUAUUGGUUACUUGAAGUAUUAUCAAUCCACCCUGAGCAUCUCAGCCAAUGGGAGCGCUCAUAGGUGCCCCUUUAUUGUUUCAAUUCGUUUUGUGGAUUUCAAGCAAAAUUGUCGACCACAAAGAAUGAAUCUAGAAUUGUAUCUUUGUGUACGCUCUUAAACGGUCAAGAGGAUUACCAAGAGGUUGCUCGCUUUCAUCUUUUCUUUUUCCAUGUUUGUUCUUCCUCAAAAGUGUCAAAAGGUUAGUUCGUUACAAACAGGUCUGUUGUCAGGGUUACCAAGUGCAGCUUCUUCCUGUGCCAUGUGUCCAAAGUGUCACGGCCAUCAUGGGCUGCGUGAUGACUGACCGUUGUGAAAACACUUGAUUAUUGAUCUGUCAUCAGGAUUGUUUGAUUAGAUUUUAGAAUGGAAAUGCGUUCCAGUCGGCUUUAGUUCAGUGUUUCGUUUUUGAUCGUUUUUAAGCUUCUACAUGACUGAAACGAUUUUCAUAAUUCUUUAACAUCACCUAAAACCAGAGAGCUAUUAUUAUAAUGACUGAUCUAACAAGUAUUAUCUUACAUAUUAUCUAUCUAGUGCCGUUAUCUCAAUGGCUUGCGUCUUGCUUUUAAGUCAUUGUUGUUGAGAGGUUUAAGGGAUUAUUUUUUGUACUCGAAAUCUAAAAACGCCCUCUACAAAAUAUGCAAAAGCUUUGAUUGCAUUCAACGUUAUUCUUACCGAAUGUUUUUCUUGGUUGUUUAGUUUUGUUGAAUCACCUGAUAAAAUAGUUUCAGCUCUCAGAGAGCAUAACAGAAUGUAGGAAAUACUUUUAUAUUGUACCUACUGAAGAUGAGAAAAUGUAAAAAUGAAUCUAAACACCUAUUUAUUAACAUCUUACGGCCAAAUAUUACAAUUCAUAUUUAUAACACUUUCAAAGAUAUUUCCAUAUGAAUCCUAUUUAAUGUUUGAUGUUGUGAUUCUUAUUAUUUGUUGAGAAUGUAUAACACCCAUAAUUCAAUAUGUACAACCUUAUAUUUGAGGACUGAAUUGUACGUAUUACGUAAUAAUUGGCUCAUUGAGCUAAAAGAUCACAAAACCGGUGUUUGGCUCGGUUGUGACUAUGUGUCAAAUGCCCUGUGAUUAUUUUUGUUAUUAGUGCAAAUUGACAGAUUGAUGCUAUUACUGACCCUUUUUUAUGUUGUGUAUUAGGCUACAUUUUUAAAAGCCUUUCUUAUUCUCGGUCUUAUUUUUGCUGAACAAGAAACAUACCUGAAAUAGUAUAUGGAAAAUAUAUACGAGUUGUGUGAUUGUCACCAAAGCUAUUAAGAACAGAUGAAGCUUUUAAAUGUUCUGAUUUGUCAGACGUUUCACAGGCAGCCUUGUGUACGAAUGUGUGUGUGUAUGUGUGUGUGUUGAAUGUGUUUGUGUGGUGAUCAGACACACAACUGAGCUAAAGCCCAUUGUAAAUCUGUAAAGUCAUGAGACGAUAAUUCUAUAUAAAAUGUCGAUUGUGGUAAAUCUGGAUAUGACCCGUGUUAAGAGCAUCUAGGAAAAAAGUUAAUAAAAUCGUCUGUUUUUCCUAUA